UAACCGCUUAUAGGACAAUAAGUUAUGUUACUUUAUUACGGCAUUAUGUCUUAUAUCCGAUGUUUGCUGUAUCCGAUGUUUGCUCGCAUCUCAGUGCACAAGAGGCGCUUUUACUGACAAUAAGGCACUGUAUUUCAACUCAGAAUUUGUAUGCAAUGAAUUCUCCUCAAACACAUAGAUCAGACCUGUUCCUAAUAGAGUGUGACCUUAGAUCCUUGUGUAGACUUAUUUCCUUUCCGUGUAUCUUUAGGUAGCUUGAAAUGCCCAUAAAACGGAGCACUGAUGGAGAGAGGGGGGAAAAACGAGCUCACCUCGUCUUCUUGUUUGUUAGUGAGAAAUGACGUCUGAGAAACGAUGACGUGUCACUACCCAGAUCUGGGUAGCACUUCUUAUUGGUCGUGCCGCGUGGAAGAUUUACCCAGAUCUGGGUAGUUUCACGUUAUCAGUGUGGAAUUUUUGCAGUCGUUCCUCGGAAGUCAGGGAACCAGUUGUGGCGUAGAGUGCCACUGUAGUCUGAGGUCCUCUCGUGGGCGACCAACUUGUCCUGGCAUUUUAGGUGGCCACGUGUGGUCUGCAGGACUUUUCGUUUUACUGCUGGCAAUCAAAUCCUGGAGCAAGGAUUGACACAGUUGGUUAGUAAUUGGCCAUCUGUGGGAGAGGUCCCGAUUUCAUUCUCAUGUGUGACCUCAAAUCCGUGUUUCGACUUCUUUCCUUCCCAUGCAGCUUUAAAUAGGAGAAGGGGAAGAGGGCGGGGGGUGGGUAAAUUGAGUGAACUGUCAACCUCAAAGUUGUUAGUGAGAUGAUGACUUUUUCGAGCUACCUACGUAACAAUGAUAAGGAUACUUUUACUUUUCGUAUCAACGUUAUCGGUUACUUACUACUUAAUGCCUCUCUUAUCUAGGUGUUGUUAGACUCUCUUUCCAUUCAUACGUAUGAUGCAAGUUUGGAGGAAGAGAUGAUUGUUAAGGUCCAAGUGGACGAGAAGCUGGCGUCGGUGGUAAAUACUCCUUGCAAGCUGGAGAUUCUAGUUGAAAAUAUGGGUCGCACAAAUAUUGGGUGGAAUUUAAUGAAACUACGAAAAGGUGAACCCAGCAUUAUUGUCAGAACAGUAGAAUCCCGAUUUCUGAAACUUCCCAAUAAUCUGAACAAACUUUCAUUUCCUGUUGAGUUUUGACAAAUCUGGUUUCCAGUGUGUGACUAAAUAUAGUUAAAUUCCAAUAUCUCUGGAUGUAAGUAGUAUAUUAGGGAUGAUAUUAUCCUUUAUUAGUUAGCUCAGAAAACAGCCGAUAUUUCGCGACUCCAGCAUUGGUUUGUCGGCGAAAUGAGGUCUAAGAAACGAUGACGUGUCACACUCCCCAUAUCUGGGUAGUACUACUUAUUGGUCGUGCCGCGUGGGAGAUGUACACAGAUCGGUCGUUCCUCGGACGUCAGGGAGCCAGUGGUGGCGUCGAGACGUGUGGGCUGUUUCCUCAGGCUAUCCAUCUUAUUCCUUCAUCAUAUUCAACUUACAUUUAUUUAUUUUAUUUAUUUUUUUUGCAAUAAGGAAUAAAUGGCAAAGUGGAGAUAGAUGGCCAAAGUGAUACGAAUCACUUAUGGAGGAUUUUUUCACUGGAUUUCAAGGAAGAUAUGUUAUCGAGGUAACCGGUGUAUUCAAAGUAUUGGGUUAUGAGUCCAUUAUCUUGCAGAGUAAUUUCAACUUAACAUCGAUCGACCCUAUCUUUUGAAUUGUGCGUCACACGACUUAUCCAAAGAAGUCAGCUUGGUUAAGUGGGUGUGGUGUGCAGGCGCUUGAUUUCAACGCAGUCGGCCUGGGUUCAAUUCUUCACUGUUGUGAUUAGCUGAGCCCGUCUCCACUAGUUGAGAUUAGGGAGCUUUAGCAAUGGUGAACUUACGCAACAUAACGAGAGCGGAACGAAGACGGCAUGAACCGUGUGUGCCAAUAAUUUUGUUUGAAAUAACCUUUCGCCAAAGUUCCCUUUCCUUUAAACGGAUCUUUUUUUAAAGACCAGAAAACAAAAAUGUUAACUGAAGUUCACGACAAAACUCGCAAGUAAUAGCAAUGUCACGUUUGUCACACACAAGCGUUUUGCCGUCCCGCUGCCGUCCCGCUGCCGUCCUGUUGCGUAAACUCACUAAUGACGACUGCUGCGGCUACGGGAACGUCAAACAAAGCAAGGGGUUUAGUAAGCAAAACAAACCGUUUUUCACGUGCAUCAUGAUUUUUUGUACAUUCUUUGCCAUCACUACGCAUUUUUUUCUCUAUCUAAACUUGAAUGCGGUCCCCAAGAAAUCAACUCCGGGGAAAUUCGCCUACAAUUGACAUUUUCAACGAACUGGAACGCGACAAAGUCUGAUAAAACUCGAACUCAUUUUUAAAGUGACAUUCCCCUGCCUUCGCCGUCGUCGAUACUAAAGCUCCCUGGUAUUAGCUCAUCGUUUCUUUUGAUUAAGCCUUUAAGAGGAGAGGAUAAUUAUGGAUUUGAUAAUCUUGACGUAUGAGGAAGUAGGGCUUAUAUCUUCCUUAAUUCUAACAACGGUGGUGGCGCGCGGCUUGUCGAUUUUAGGAUAGUCCACUUAUAUGGGUAGUCCAUGAGGUGGUCCAUGGACUGGGAAAGUGUUUUGUCCACCACCAAGCGGGCACACCGCGCGCCUGGUGAUUGACCCAACCUCGUGAUUGUAAUCAUGAAGUAAAAGUCUCAAUUUUUGGUGCCUGUUCAACAGAAUAAAGAAACAAGGCCGCUGGAGUGCAUUGUCAAAUAAACCAGAGAGAGGCCCAACUUUAUAUCGCACCACGUUCAUAAUAGAUGAUGACCCUAAAGACACUUUUCUGCGCAUGAAGGGCUGGACCAAAGGUGUGUGCUUUAUCAAUGGGCAUAACCUGGGAAGAUAUUGGAAAAGGGGCCCUCAGAAGACACUCUAUGUACCAGCGCCAUGGCUUCGGAAAGGCGAAAAUGAGGUAGGUGUUUUAAACCUCUGAUCUCAGCCAUAAAAUUAUCGACAUUCCCCCUAAAAUAUCUUGAGAAGUUUGGAAAACAACCGGUCUGUUUAUGGAUUUAUUAAGCACAUACCUUUGUUGUUAUUACGGGAGAUCGCCUUUGCAAAAGUUGUAGCGAGAGCAAAAUUUCUAUCUUUUGCUCUGGUCCCAAGUUUCUCGCCCAACUUGCGCGGAAACGCUUGCUAUGCAGGCUAUACAGGAGAACAGAACUACAGUUUUCUAAUUGGCAUAUUUUCUGUUUUGUUUUCCUCAGCUGAUUAUUUUUGAGCUUCAUGAAUUUCAAAGACCGAGAGUUUCAUUUACAGCAUCGCCAAUCUUUGUUUGAGGAAUAAGACGCCUGCAAGAAUGAACCAUUUACGUGUUACUGUUAUUUGUAAAGGCUAUCACCUACUGGUGAGCGUUUUGGGC